ACAUUUAACAAUAUUAAGCUGUUGGGUGGCUGUGUUUAGCGUCGUUCGCAAAAUUUGUUAAAUUGUGCAUGUUUACAAACAAUAACUUGAAUUAAAACAAAAUACAAUGGCAAACGGCAAACAACGCAGCGGACGUAAGCGCCGAAACAAGAAAAUCGAAGAAGGCGCCGCACAACUGCUGUCAACUUCAACAGUUGCCAAAGCAAAACCAAAAACCAAAUCAAAGGCUAACAACGAGAAAAGCAAACUGACGUUUAGCGAACAAAUUGUAAUGCAGGAUCGUGUUCUCGAGUUUCUCAAGAGCGACGCGCUCACCGAAGAGUUCAGCGGCCUCACCAAUGCCCAGCGCAAAGAGAUCCAUCUAUUUGCCCGCCAGCACGGCCUCAAGACGCGCAGUCGCAGCACCAACGGCGACCGUGUGCUCACAAUCAGUCGCAAGGACGCCAGUGGCUACGGCGCCGAAAUGCGCCACUUGGCGGUCAUGGUUAAGCUGCAAGUGUCGCCACUCCUUCAAAUAUCGCUGCAGCAAUCCCUCCAGGAUCUCGACCGUCGCCAGCUGGCACCUAUAUCGCGCCACAAGGGCGAAUUCUCUCUGCCAGGUGGCGGCCUGGUGGCCCGUCCACGUGUGCCGCGCCAACGACGUCCCAAUCGUGCCAUGGCCGCCGAGCAGCGGCAGCUGCCCGUCUACGGCAAGCGGGACGAGUUGAUGCAGCUACUCCAUUCGCAGCAGGUCAUCAUCAUCAAUGGCGCAACUGGCUCCGGCAAGUCGACGCAGGUGCCGCAAUUCCUGCUGCAGCAUGCCACAGAUCAUGGCCAGCCGGUGCGCAUUGUGGUCAGCCAGCCACGUCGCAUUGCCGCUGUGAGUGUCUCGGGUCGCAUUGCCGAGGAACGCGGCGAGUCGCUGGGCGACACUGUGGGCUACAUCAUACGCAUGGAGAGCCAGCACAGCAGCAAUACUGUGCUCUCGUUGACCACCAGCGGCUGCUUGCUGCGUUCGUUGGCCAUGAAUGGCAACGAGUUCUUUGCGAACACCACGCAUCUGAUCAUCGAUGAGGUGCACGAUCGUGAUCUCAACACAGACUUUCUACUGCUCGCCGUCAAGCUGGAGUUGGAGCGCAAUCGGCGCCUCAAAGUCAUACUGAUGUCCGCUACCAUGGAUCUGCAGGCAUUGUCCAACUAUUUCAAUGGUGCCCCGGUGCUGUAUGUCGAGGGACGUAGCUUCAAUGUGCAGGUCUAUUCCCUGGAGCACAUACUCCUCGAGACGGGCUAUCGCACACCGCAAAUGCUGCAGCUGCUGGCGCACGUUGAGCAGCCGACACAGGAGCAGCUGCUCGAUGCGUAUUUGAGCACUCAGAUCAAGCAGGAGGCGAACAUUGACAAUGCGUUGAUUGUGUCGCUGCUCGAGAUGCUGUUGCAUCAGGGCGUCAAGGGUGCUGUGAUUGUCUAUUUGCCUGGCUAUCAGGAUUUGACAAUGCUGCGCGAUCAGCUGAAGGAAACUUUGCCAUCGCAUCUGAUCAAAGUGCUGCUGCUGCACAGCCAAAUCGAAGGGAGCAUGCAGAGCGAAGUGUUUCGCGUCCAUCCCGAUUUGCAGCUGAAAAUUGUGCUCAGCACGAACAUUGGACAGACGUCGAUUACGAUUGCGGAUCUGUUGUAUGUCAUCGACACGGGACGCUCCAAGAUGAAGAACUACGAUGUGCAAACAGGCGCCUCGCAGCUGGAUUGUGCGUGGAUCUCCCAAGCGGAUGCAAUGCAGCGCACCGGACGCGUCGGACGUCGCACGAAUGGCAUCUGCUAUCGUCUGUAUAGCAGCGAGCAGUUCAACAGCUUCACGCGCUUCAUUGUGCCCGAAAUGCUGCGCACCACCCUCGACGAGAUCUGUCUGCUGGCCAAGAUUGCGAUGCCACAGCGACGCUUGGAGCAGUUCUUGGCACUCGCGCUCGAUCCUCCGGAUACGGCUGCGGUGGCCAAGAGUUGUGCGAACCUAAAGCUGUUGCAUGUGCUCAACGAGGACGAAAGUGUCACGGAGCUGGGACGCAUCAUUGCCGAGCUGCCGUUGAAUGUGUCGCUGGCCAAGUGUUUGGUGUACAGCGUCUAUUAUCGCUGUGCCGGCAGCAUGUGCAUCAUUGCCGCCUUCUACUCGGUGCGCGAUCCAUUCGUGUUGCCCGUCGAUCGUGGGGCACGCAACGAACAGCGCAAGGCACGCAAGCUCUUCUCACUCGAUGGCUGCAGCGAUUCGCUGGGCAUGCUUCAGCUCUAUACGGAGUAUGUGCAUCAUCGGUCGAUGGGCAUACGCGCCGCUGAGGAUUAUUGCGAUCAGCAUUAUGUGUCCUACAAGCUGAUGGACUUGUUUGUGGCCACGGUGCAAACGGUGCGCAAUUCAUUGCGUCGCGCCAUCAAAUGCCACGAUAUGGGACUCGUCUCGCGCAACGAUCGCGACAUGAAUGUGCUGCGCAUGUGUUUGGCUGCCGGUUUGUAUCCGAAGAUCUGCUACAUCGAUCGUCCGUUUAAUGGCCGUCGUCGCUUCAUCGCCGAGGGCGAUCCCCUGGUGCAGCUGUCCCGCAACUCGGGCAUGACGUUGUGCUUUGACAAGAAGCCGAAAUGCGAUCUGUCCGAUUGGCUGAUCUUCGACGAGAAGUCGCGCACUGGCGGACAUAUAACGAACAUUGAUCAGGUCACCUUGAUCAGCACUCUGAUGGUGGCACUGCAGUGUGGCAAGGUGGCCAGAUUGGAGGUCGUUAAUCCGCUGAUAGUGGAAACAGAUGAAUCUGACGACGACGACGACGAUGAUGAGGCAGAGACGGAGGCGGACGCGGACGCGGAGGAAAAGCCGAAGGAACACGUUGAGAAAUCGCUACUGUACAUCGAUUCAUGGAUACGCGUGCUAGUGGACAGCAAAUUAGGACAAAAGCUAAUGAGCUUGCGCCAUCAUUUGGCCGGUGAGUUUAUGGACAUGGUCGAGGGACGUCUCAUGAUCGUCGAUCGCUGUCCCAGCGCGGAGCAUGUGAAGACGCUGCUUGAACUAAAUGCGAACAGUUCGGGUCUGUCUUCAAAGGAUAUUGGGUUAUUAGACUAGAAGAGAUUUAUUAUGCGGUGGAGUGAAGAAACCAUCUAUCAAGAGAAAUACUCAAUGAAUUUGAAAAUGAAUGUACAACAAAACUCAAACAUAUUUCAUGUAUACUAUAUAUAUAGAAA